CGAAAGUUCCACUGAACAGAAUCAUCAUACUUAUGGGAACUAUAAUCUCAAGAUACUUAGGCUAUCUACGAGUGUCAAAAUACGGUUAUUUAAGUGAAAGUAACGUAAUCUAUUCCUGGUGGCAGCUUCUGCAGAUCAGACCAGCAAUGCGUGAAUAGCGCGCGCCGCAAAAAAAUACCCCACCAUCAUCCCACCAUCGGGAAGUUUCAACACACGUCGUCACAGGCUUCUUCGCUCCUCGUUCGGUCUCUCCUGAAUAAAAUCACGCAACGAUUGGAUACUUAAACGUGUCUCUAUCCUAGAGCUUGUCUGCAAUCCUAAGUCCAACUUCUUCAUAAACUACAGACACAUUCUCCUUCACAAUGGCAAAGACAGAUCAGAAAGCAUGCCUCAUUGUCAUCGACGGCUGGGGUAUCCCCUCGGCUGACUCCCCUCCCGAAGGUGAUGCCAUCGCGGCUGCCGAAACCCCAGUCAUGGACAAGCUGUCCAAGGACACGGCCGGCUUCACUGAGCUCGAAGCCUCGUCUCUCGCAGUAGGCCUUCCCGAAGGGCUCAUGGGCAACUCUGAGGUCGGACACUUGAACAUUGGUGCUGGCCGUGUUGUCUGGCAAGACGUCGUUCGCAUCGACCAAACGAUCAAGAAGGGCGAGUUCGCCAACACUCCAGUCAUCAAAAAGACGCUCGAGUCGGCCAAGAGCCGCGGCCGCCUCCACCUGUGUGGUCUCGUCUCCCACGGUGGAGUUCACUCCAAGCAAGACCAUCUCUACGCUCUCCUCAAAGCGGCAAAGGCUGUUGGUAUCCCCAAGGUCUUCGUUCACUUCUUUGGCGAUGGCCGCGACACCGACCCUAAGUCUGGUGCUGCAUACAUGGAGGAGCUGAUUGGCAAGAUGAAGGAGAUUGGCGUUGGUCAAAUCGCAACAGUCGUCGGUCGCUACUAUGCCAUGGACCGGGACAAGAGAUGGGAGCGAGUCGAGCUUGCCAUGAAGGGGAUGAUCCUGGGCGAGGGUGAGGAGAGCAACGACCCGGUCAAGACGGUCAAGGAGCGAUACGAGAAGGGUGAGAACGACGAGUUCCUGAAGCCCAUUGUGGUUGGCGGCAAGGAGGGUCGUAUCCAGGACGGCGAUGACGUUUUCUUCUUCAACUACCGAUCCGACCGUGUUCGACAGAUUACCCAGCUUCUGGGUGGUGUUGACCGCUCCCCUCGACCCGACUUCCCCUACCCUAAAAUCAACCUCGUCACUAUGACACAAUACAAGGGCGAAUACCCCUUCGAGAUUGCCUUCGAGCCCCAACGCAUGGAUAACGUGCUUGCAGAGUGGCUCGGUAAGCAAAGUGUUGAGCAGGUCCACGUGGCUGAGACGGAGAAGUAUGCCCACGUCACAUUCUUCUUCAACGGAGGUGUCGAGAAGGCGUUUGCCCUUGAGACUCGUGACGAGUCUCAAGAUCUGGUCCCGUCCAAUAAGAGCGUGGCAACCUACGACAAGGCACCCGAGAUGAGUGCCGCUGGCGUUGCCACGCAGGUUUGCAAGCGCAUGGCAGAGCAGAAGUUCCCCUUCGUCAUGAACAACUUCGCACCGCCGGACAUGGUUGGCCAUACCGGUGUGUACGAGGCCGCCAUCAUUGGCUGCGCGACUACGGACAAGGCCAUCGGCACUAUUCUUGAAGGCUGCAAGAAGGAGGGAUACAUCCUGUUCAUCACCUCUGACCACGGCAAUGCCGAGGAGAUGAAGUUCCCCGAUGGCAAGCCCAAGACCUCGCACACAACCAACAAGGUUCCCUUCAUCAUGGCCAACGCGCCCAAAGGCUGGAGCCUCAAGCAGAGUGACGAGGCUGUAUUGGGUGAUGUGGCGCCUACGAUUUUGGCCGCCAUGGGUCUGCCUCAGCCCGAGGACAUGACGGGUUCCAGCUUGUUGGUUAAGGCAUAGACGGCAUAGAGGAAACCGGUUGGAAGUGGAAACUAAAUGAGGUGACGCGUUACGAUAGAAACUAUAGAGGAAAAGGUGAAUAAUUGGCGUAGGAAAAGGAAUACCACAUUUAUACUUGCAAAAUUACCACUGAAGAACCCAGGCACGCCUUUGGAAUCGUGAUCCACCAUGCAUCUUACACGAUCAGACCUUAGGACGCAGCAGGACAGACGCUUUGUUGCGAAAUUGAGUACAGCCACAAACUUAAGUGUGUUCCAAAGAAAAGAAAGUUGGUUCUGAUCAAUAUUGUUUGGCCAUCAAGGGACAUUCAUUAGAUUAGUGAGGAGCCGCCAGGAACACGCUUCACUUUAUAUCGGUUUAUCGCAUAACAGAGG